AUGAAAACCACAGCCAAGACACAACGCGGAGCGGAUGGAAUCCGAACAGCUGUGUCCGAAGCCGAGUAUAUGACGUUGUUACGAAACUGCCAGAACAUUUUCAUUCAUAUUCAACACCUCUCUGGAGGCGCAAUGGUUCAUGACGCCUCUGGCCGUCAAAGAGUGCUUCAGAUGGAUGAGGUGGCUCAGCUCUUUCUCCAGCUGAAGAAUGAGCUCUCCGCCUCGACAGUCUAUUCCAAAGCUCUGAUAACGCGUAUGCGGGCCGAUGCAGCCCUCAAGCAGGGCAAUUCGAAAGCAGCGGUUGUGGAGUUUCAUGAUGCACUGCGGACUCUGGACAGUGAGCCAGCAUUGGACACCGAGAGAUUGUCUCGCGCGUCCAUUUUACAUUCGAUGGGUCAUGCAUACCGCAGUCUGGACAUGGCCGCAGAAUCGGAAGCCUGCUACUUGGAGGCACUGGGGCUCUACAAACGAUCCUUUGGGCGCGACCACCCGACCAACUUUGCAGUCCUGCACGAUCUAGGCGCACUUUGUGAGAAGGACGGAUACGCCACCGAAGCAGCUGCACUAUACGAGCGCUCAUUCGCAGGCAGGUUGAAGACUCUGGGACAGCACGCACCGGAAACAUUGAGUAGCAUGCAAGACCUCGCGUCUCUCAAGGUCUCCUUGGGUGAUCUAGAAUCCGCGCUCCUCUUAUUGGAGAGGGCGGUUCCUGCUCUGGACACGGUGUUUGGACUCCAGAACGAAACGACCCUCAGCGCGAUGAACAAGCUAUCUCUUCUGUAUCAGAAGCUCGGCCUAGUCAAAGAAUCUCGUAUGAUAUGUGGCAAAACCAUCCCACAUUGCAAGACGAUCUUCGGCGUUGCGAGUGCUAUCACGAGAGAUGCUGUUGUCCGGUACAUCCAAGGCUCUGACAAUUUUGACUUUCCCCCAGAAAUCCUGGACGUACUCGAGCAAUACCGCAACUCUAGCGACCCCGAGGCCCUUCGGGUUAUCCAUCGAUUAGGCCGAUCGUACAUGGAUGCAGGACUGAACCGAGACGCCGCUGAUCUCUUCGAGACCUUGUUCGAGGACCUCCUAGUCGUAAGAGGACCAGAGGCUCCUGAGACGUUUGAUGCGCUCAGUGCGCUCUGCGUGUCACGCGAGCACCUCGACUCCGUGGAUAAAGCCAUCCUCGCCUAUCACCAGCUCGUUCAAAUGGCAAGUGCCACUCCCGACGAGCACCAUUCGCGGAAACGGAUCAGCUAUGCACAGAAGAGAAUUGUUGAACUCAACCGCCGGCGAGAAGUUCUGGCUACAGAGAGAAAAGAAUGGGGAUUGCACGAGCCCGGGAAAUGUGAGAACUGCGGAACAUCCACCAAGAUCCUCUGCAACUCAUGCAAAAUCUUCCGCUUUUGCAGCGAACCAUGCCACAAAGCCAGCCUGCAAUCACACCUCCCCUACUGCAUCCCCUCCGUGUCCCUCCGCGAGUCCAAAUCCCUCGCCGUCAAACCACGCUGCCCACCCUGGGUACGGGACCAGGCUCUCUCAAAAAUCCGCCCCCUCGACAAGAACAGGACCGUAGACGUACUCGCCAGCUACACCUUCUACUUCGACCCGCGCAACUUCACCACCUUCCGGAUGAAGCUCAGCUCCCUCACAAACACCCUCAUCAUCUUCUCUCUAGACUCAGACAUCCAGUUCGCAACCAUCGACAGCAGCUCGUCACCGUCACCGUCAUCGUCCGGACCCGUGAACACAAGCUCUUCACCCCCAACAACCCCCAGCACCACCGCCCGAGAAAUCCAAUGGCUAACCCCCCAACGCCAAGAAGCCAUCUGCUACGUCCCCCCAGAGUCCCCCAAUACACCCGCAAAGUACGUCCUCGUCAGCCCAGGCAAGGAAAUGUUCAAAUCAGCCAUCCAGAAGCGAAUCAGCGUGCGGGCCUCGAACGGCGAAAAGGAACAUUUUCGGUCUCUCUCGUUGCCGGAUAGUGAGCUGAUCGAGUAUGCUCAGGGUUUGCUUCUGUCGGGAUACCUGGAGGAAGCGUUCAUGUACGUCAUUGAGUGGGAGUGGAAGUGA